AUGACUUGGCGCAGAGACACCGUAUCGGUGCAUCGAUUCGUCCUGAAUUGUGUCGGUAUCUGGCCGAUGGAAGAAACGAGUCUUUUUAUGGACCUGCGAUGGCUCAUCGCCGUGAUUUUGGAGGCAGAAACGAAUUUCGGCCAAGAAAUAUCUGUCUUAUCGCGGACGCACCGGCUCGCAAGAGAGCGGCCGACUGACUUCACCGCGAUCUUCCAGGUGACUCCGAUGUGUGUCUACUUCACGGAGAUCUACCUGCACUGUAACGGCGCGAAGGAGUCCUUCGAUACGGUGACGCCGGGCGCCGCGGCCGUGUUAGCCGUCACGAGGCUGAUCACACCUCGUAUCCAUCGGCGAGAGUUACUCGAGGUGGUCACCUCCACGAUGGACGAUUGGGCCACACAGCGGGACAAGCGGGUGCGUGGGGUCAUGAAGAAAUACGCGGCCCUGUCGACGCGCGUGACGACGUUUACCUUCUUCCUGGUGGGCGUCAUAGUGGGUGUUUACAUCUUCAUGGCGAUAUCAGUGGUCACCGCGAAGGCAGGCGAUCAUGAGAUCGAGAACGUGACCGCGAGCCGAGAGACGGAAGAGAUGUCAUUGUCCUGCGUGUUUCGGGGCGAGUCGACGCGCCGGGCUUUCAUGGUCGUCCAGGCGAUGCAGAUGUUUGUCACCGGCAUGUUGACUUUCGGCACCACCAGCUUCUUCUUCGGGCUGGCUAUGCACCUGUGCAGCCAAUUCGACGCACUCUGCAUCCAACUGUCCGAUCUUCGAGUCGAGGAGGCGCGUCAUGCGAUCGCCGGAGCGGUCGAGCGACAUUGCCAUCUUAUCCGCAUGGCUGAUUGUAUGGAAGAGUCGUUUCACGCGAAUGUUUUCAUAUACUUGUUUGUUACCACCACCCUCAUGUGUAUAGACGGUUUCAUGUUGAUCGUGUCGUUGAAAGUCAGCGACAUGCCCAUGAUUAUACAUAACGCUAGCGUUUUACUGCUCAUGAUGAUCCAACUGUCGUUUUACACGUUCGCCGGCGAUUGCUUGGAGAUGAGGAGCGCCGCGCUCUCCUAUGCUACAUAUGAUUGCGAUUGGCACGAGCUGCCGGCCAGCACCGCCAAGGACAUACGGUUUAUCCUGAUGCGAGCCAGUAUCCCUCAUCAGCUGACCGCCGGGAAAUUCGUGGUGAUGAACAUGUUAACGUUCAAGAGCAUCCUAAAGUCCACGGCAUCGUAUCUAUCGGUCUUGCGCGUCAUGUUGGAUGAAUGA